AUGGCGGCAGCGGUCCUGCGACCAUAUGAUGUAGACUUGUUCAACGGCAUUCCCAGUCUGGGCGAGGCCAAUGAACAGUUCCUUGCACACAACGGCCCAGAGGUCAUCAUCUUGUCGCUUUGGAAACUCUUUUCCAAGUACAAGCUGACCGACCAAUAUGGACCUGUGCUUGUACAUCGGCACUGGCCCGCCAGCUUGAAUGAAGCGGUUGUUGACGUGAAUGGCACUUCAACCGCAUGGACCUUGGAAGCGGGCGAGCAGACGGGCAUGCUCCAAUUUGAGAAGUAUGAACGGCCAAUUAAACCCAGCUCGUGGAUGAUGGCGAAAGGGCAGCUCAUGCCAUAUGAGUUCUACUUUGCUUCCCAGAAGGAGCACGAUGAACCUGCUCCUCUUGACUCUGCCUUUGUUCAAGAGUUUGCCUCGAUUCUUGAAGCGAAUUCGCUCCUUGAUUUUGUCGGAAUUCGUCUGCUUCGGCAUACAGGGCAGAAAGUCCUUGAAGUGACCGAGGGAAACGCCAAUGUCACGUUUCCCGUCACAGAUGACGACCAGAACUUGCUCGAGAAGAAUGCGAUUCAAGCAGGGUGGAAGUUUCCCUCCGCCGAACCCCCCGAUUUCAGCAGCGAUACAAGCGGGAACAUGGGAGAUCGAAGCCCUUGGAGCCAGGCCUGCAAACAGCUCUGCAAACAGUCCUGCUCUAUUAUAUGCAGGAAACCUAGCCAGGGGGGGUCGCAUAUGAGGGUGCACUUAGGGGGCCACUCAAAGACGCAUGGAAAGACGAAUACGGAACGGACUCUUCCGUCACUGCGUGAGGAUGGCCUCGCGUGGCCCAGAGAAGAGUAA